AAUUGAUACGUAUCUUGAAAGAUACAUUGUGAUUGGUUAAUCAAUCUAGCUCAUUUAUCGUAUUUUUAUCAAUUAUAUGUAAAAUAUAGAAAUUUUGGUACAUCCUUGCCAUCAAGUGAAGUCUAAACAACUGGUGAAUAUUGUUUAUAUCAUUCUUUUGGCUGAGUUAAUGAUAUUACACAAAACAAAUGCUUAAAACUCUGCAGUGUGUGAAAGAAGAAUCAACCAAUCAAAUCAUGUUUUACUAAGCAUCACUUGAAGGCAUAGCAACCUGACUCUCUAAUUUUUGAAAAGUUGUAAAUGUGAAGUUUUACCCCAAAACAAAAUAGUUUAGGAAACAGUAUGUCGCAACAUAGAAAGAGCCUAUACCCGGGUGGCCAAGGAGUUGGUGCAAGUACAGCCUCUCGUAAGAGUAACCAGGUGGUUUCUGUUGCGAGCAAAAGUCGAGUUGGUGGUGGAAGACAAACAACAAUCGCUGGUUCACGUACCACUGUACUGUCAUCUGGAAGCAGGAGGAAGAUAGGAGGAUCAGAAGACAAAGCAAGCGUCAGUAGAGCCCCUGUGCAGGUAAUUGAUGAAACUGGGGCAGAUGUGACUCCUCUUCCACUUCUCCAUACAGAUCCUAAUUCAGUGAGACAGAAACAGAGUAAUCUCUUAGGAGAUGGCUCUAUUGGAACACCUACAGAUCUUAUGUCCCAGGCAUCUAUUUACCAAACAGGGACUGUGUCCGCCAGUACAUUUGGAGGAGGACCUUUUACAAGGUCUGUGUUCAGUCAGUCCCAGUCAGGUGCCUCUGAGUCAGUGGUAGAUGAUAUAGCAGAACCAGCUGCGGAGAUGCCGUCUGCUUUUGCUCAAAUCACUCACGUGAGAGAAGAUGUCAAAGAAGAGCUUACAGAGAGUGACUUGGAGAAGAUGGUUGAUAUAAAACUGACAGAGACAGAUACAAUAUGGAUGCUAGACAUGCCUGGUGUUUGCGUGCCUGCGGACAGUGAUGAAGCAGUCACCGUCAAAGAACAAAAUGAACUUUAUAAAGAACUGUGUAAAACAAGAGUCGGCAAUGACCGCUAUGUUGAGAGAGGAGUUACAACAUUCAAUGAACCACCAAAACUGAAGGUUGUACAGACAACCCGGAUAAAUCAUAAUGAUAUUGGGAUAAUGGCAACCACAUGGGACAUGUAUGACACCUAUAAACUUGCUGAGGAACUAGAAAAGGCCAAAGAAAAGGAAGCAGAAGAUGAGGAGAAUGAAGAAGAGGGUGAACCAAAGGAAGAAAAAACAGAUGAAGAGAAAAAAGAUGACAGUGCUUCACAAAAAGAGGGUACUGGUAUUACAAAACAAGGCACACAAAUCAGUAUCAUGAAAUCAGGCUUAGAGAGUCAAGGAACUAUGAUGUCUACUGCUAGUAGUAUAUUUGGUAGCAAAGAAUCUGGAGUCAGUGCAGUUUCUGAUGUACAAUCAACUGGAAAAGAUGAUAUUCUAAAGUCUGAUAGUUUGCGUAAAGAUCUGUUCGUCAUGGAGCGUGUGGUGAAUAAUAACACAUACCAACCUAAACAAGCCUGCUACAGGGGCUUUGACAUAAUACCAGACAUUGACAAAGUGACAAAGGAAGACACAAUGCUUGGGGCACUGGAGGAGAUGGGGCCCAACUUAGACAGACUUUGGUCAUUCUCAUGUCCACUUACAAAGGGAAGGAAUGUUAGCUGCAUGUCUUGGAACAGAGCAAAUCCUGACUUAGUUGCAAUAGGGUACAGUCAGUUUGAGUUUACCAAUCAGAAAGGAGGCUUAAUAUGCUGCUGGUCUUUGAAAAAUCCAGAGUAUCCAGAGCGUAUCUACACUUGUAGUUCUGGGGUGACUGCCAUGGACUUCUCCACUGCACAUGCAAAUCUGCUGGCUGUUGGAUUGUAUGAUGGCACAGUAGCAGUGUAUAAUGUUCGCAAUACAAUCAAUGCCCCCAUCCUUGAUAGCCUAGAUUUGAAGAUCGACCCACAGAGUGAAUCAUCCGGCAAGCAUACUGGUCCUGUGUGGCAAUUGAGUUGGAUUGAGAAGGAGAGAGGGUCAGGAGAUGAGAGAAUGGAGGUGUUGGUUUCAAUAUCAACAGAUGGAAGAGUUACACAAUGGUAUAUAAGGAAAGGUUUUGAAUGUGCAGAUCUGAUGCGGUUAAAGCGAGUGACUCCAAAGCAAGGUGCCCCAGCGAUUGCAGCUGGCAAGGCCAAGGAAAAGAAAGGAGAUGCCCUUAUAGCAAGACAGGCAGGGGGAAUGUGUUUCGACUUUAGUGCCAAAGAUUCAAAUAUAUACUUAGCAGGGACUGAAGAGGGCCACAUACACAAGUGUUCCUGCUCUUACAAUGAACAAUAUUUAGAGAGUUUCUUUGGUCACACGGGUCCAGUGUAUAAGAUCCAGUGGUCACCAUUCAUUCCUGAUGUAUUCCUAAGUUGUAGUGCAGAUUGGAGUAUACGACUAUGGCUACAAGACAGAUUACAACCUGUCUUAAACUUUUUCUCAUCAACAAAAGCUGUCCAUGAUAUGUGCUGGUCUCCACGGUCCUCCACUGUGUUUGCAUGUGUCAAUGAGGGGGCAGUAGAAGUAUGGGACUUAAGCCAGAGCACACUUGACCCAAUCAUUGUAAAUACAGCAAACAGUGGGGUGAAGUUUUCUUCAGUCUCAUUCUCCAGGAAUUCAGAGAGUAUAUUAGUAGGAGACAGUGAGGGUCAAGUGACAGCAUUCCAACUGCGCUGUAUGCCUAAGCCACCUAAACAUCAGGCUGAUGCUCUACAUAAGAUCAUCAAAAGUUCUCUAGCGAGUCAGAUGCAAGGAUCUAAGGACACUAAAGACACUCCAAAAGAGCCAAAAUAAACUCUAUUAAAGCUCUUUUCUCUUGAGAAUUUAGAAUCUUAGUUCGUGUUUCCAAGGCCAGAGAUUCAGUCGUAAAUUCUGGUAUUUUUGGUGUACAAAGAGUGAUGGACAGUCCUAGUGUAGCUAAGUGGUUCAAAAUUGUCUCAUAGAUUAUUUUGAGCGAUUGAAUUCUUCCGCACAAAGACAGCUGUCAUUGAGUAGUCUCUUCAGUGGAGUCAUGUGUUAAUUAUAACAUAUUGUGAUACAAACAAUAUCCAUGAAAAGAAUGAAUGAAAAUGGAUCUCUUAUAUACACAUGUAUGUAUGUACAGUACAUGUAUGUUUUUUAUUGACAUUUGUGUCAUAACAAUGAUAUAUGGGUCAAAAAAUUCCGUCCAAACAUAAAUUAUCUUGUAUAAUUUUAUAUAGUUUAUGCUCAACUUUGUUGAACCAUUUUUAUAUUUGCAUUAUUUAUGGAAAUAUUCUGUUAACUUAUUUAAUAUAAAAUAAAUAAAAAAUGUUCAAAAAUGAAACUCAACUUGGUUUCUUGAGGUUCAAAUACAUAAAUGAAGCAAUAAUACUUUAUUGAUGGACCAGACAAUUAUACAAAAUGGACCAAAUGCAAGUAGUGCAUAGAAGAAUGAGAACUUGGAAGACAGCAACUCCCAAGAAUAGAAAAUCCCACGGAACAAAGAAAUAUCAAUUUACACAUCAUUUUGAACAUUUCAUGAUAGAAAUAACCAGGUAGUAGUAUUGUCUGUUUUUGGCAAAAUCUUCACUCAUGAUGUUACUUAUAUAACUUUACUUGACUUAGAUUAAGGGACAAAAUCUUAAACAAAUCUGACAAGUGGUUUAUUUGAGGAAGGUCUAUCAAAGAUUAUUUAUCACAAAAAAUGCAGCUAUAAACAAGUGUUCAUCAAUUAGUUUUUUUUCAUGAAAAAUCGAAGUCCUUUUGAAUUUGGAGGUCAUCCUAUCUCCCCAAGGUCUUUAACAUUUGAACCAAGUCUAUGUGCUGGUGUUUGGGUUAUCGAUGAUUCACAAAAUAUGGCAGCCAGUUUAAGCAACUACUUUUAUUGAACAUUAAUACUUGAGCAGAGGUUUUAUGCCCUUAAGGCAUGAACCAAAAAUAUGAACCAAAUCCAAUAAACGAUACUUGAGUUAUGGCAAAGAUGGAUGGAGAGACAGCUUCUCUAUAUCCCAAUUGAACUUUGUUCGAUAGGAUAAUUUUGGGUGGACCAAAGACAAGAAUUUGAUCUAUGAAUAAUUGUACAUUUCAAAAGUACUAAUAAAUGUUUAGAUUGAUAGACUGUAAUAUUUA